CUGCGCCAGAACACGAGCAUAUACGCUCUCCUGCGGAACUCCGCGGCCCGAGGACGAGCCGUGACCCCGGAAGCGAUCCUGGGAGGCCGGGGCGGCAAGAUGGCGGCGCGCGCGGUGCUCCGGGCCGUGUGCGGGCGCCUGUGGCAGAGUUCGAGGAAUUUUUCUGUCAACAGUUCAACCAAAAAUGGUGGCUUUCUUCUCAGUACCAACAUGAAGUGGGUACAGUUUUCAAACCUACACGUUGAUAUUCCCAAGGAUCUGACCAAGCCUACAAUAACCAUUUCUGAUGAACCGGACACAUUAUAUAAGCGCCUGUCAGUUUUAGUAAAAGGCCACGAUAAGGCUGUAUUGGACAGUUAUGAGUAUUUUGCCGUGCUUGCUGCUAAAGAACUCGGCAUCUCCAUUAAAGUACAUGAACCUCCAAGGAAAAUAGAGCGAUUUACUCUUCUCAAAUCAGUGCAUAUUUUCAAGAAGCACCGAGUUCAGUAUGAAAUGCGAACUCUUUACAGAUGUUUAGAGUUAGAACAUCUAACUGGAAGUACAGCAGAUGUCUAUUUGGAAUACAUUCAACGGAAUUUACCUGAGGGAGUUGCCAUGGAAGUUACAAAGACAAAAUUAGAACGGUUACCAGAACACAUCAAGGAGCCAAUCUGGGAAACGGUACCAGAAGAAAAAGAAGAAAGCAAGUCAUAAAGUCUCAGAGCGACCACUUGGGCCAGCUUUUGGAAUGAGAAUGGACCAGGCACGUACAAAGAAAUGGAGAGAGCUUCCAUUUGAGACAAGGUUGAGUUCACCUAACUGUUGUGUUGAGUCCACGUGUCCUGAUCAGUUGAAAACGGAUGGAACGGUCAUGAUACAGUGGGCUACGGAGAAAGAACUACUUUAUCUGUUCUUUUAUACAUUCUUUUAUUUCAGUUCUGAUUUUAACAAGUGUGAGUAAACCAUUUUGACUACUAUGCAUCAAGAGUCCAUUUAUAUUUUGUCAUUCUGUUAUUGUUCAGUUAUUAGUUUGUACUGAUUUUCAUUUAUGUCAUUCUUCUGAAAGUGAAUGUUUGAAAUACUCCUCGCCCACAUUUUUUUCUUCUGAGGUCCCUAAAAGGAACCUUUAGUUAAUUUGAUUAGUUUAACACUGAGCAAUUAAAGUUUUUGUAAUUUAUCUUCGUGCAGGCUGGCGUAUGCUUGUUUGGGGGUGAUGACCUCCACUUUUAUCUCAUUUAAGCAUUACAUUCUUGAAAACGAGUAUACUUUGCAGCACAUCAGGCACACUUGGGGCAUGCCCUGAACUCUUGUAGCCCAGAUCCUUACAGAGCUGCCUAAAAGGGCCACUAUGAUGGAAUUUGAGCUCUCAAGAAAUUACCGCCUGUGUUGUUUCGCUCUUCCUGUGAUUUAUCCAUUCAGGAGGCUUUUAUUUUAACUUUGUGCCCAGCACUGUAGUAAAUACCAAAAACUGAAUAGAUAUAACGGCUUUUGAAAAUUGUGCAAGGCACAAAAUAUUUUCCUUAUUAAGUUCCUCACUGAUAAGAAGCCCUUUUUCUAUUGGUAAAUGGCAUUCUUUUUGCUUGGAGAUGUCUACUUUUCCAUGAAAUUAAAUAGUCGUUCAAGCCCUGAAAGAGGCAAGACUACAAUGGGCUGAAACUGUUGGAGUAGCAAACCCAAGGGAGUGAUUCGUUUCCUUUUUACAGCAGAAUCAGGUCCAUGUCUUCUGUGGUUUCCUUCACAUCUUUGGAGUAGUUAGGACUUCUCAGUUCCCCCCCGCCUCACACUGGAAUUCCUAUUCUGUUUUCCUGGCCGCCUAUCAGGUGUCAUGUUUUGAAUGCACACUGCUUAGGUAUCAGACUUCUAUUACUGUCAUUACCAUGGGAAGAAUGACAGCCUUGUGCCCCAUGACCUCAUUCUGUUCGCAGCUCCGUUGUUGACUGUGUCACUUACAAAUGCCUCAAGCACGCUGAUCGCAGAUAGAAGCCUGGGGAUUAAGAACCAGUCCACAAAACAAGAGCCAUAUAAUGGUAAUUACAUCUAGCAAAGCAGCAAUUUGUGGCCCAUUUUUACUUUAAAGAAAUACUUCUUUAAAAAUAAGUGUAGCUUUUUUGUAUUUUUCUUACCGACACUAUGAAUCACUGUAGUAUAGUAGGAUGAUUUAUGCACACUCAGCUCCAGUGGUGCCUUGGAAGGCGUGCAUCCAUUUCCAGCUGUUUUCUAAAUUAACCUGUAAACCAGAUUUCUUAGUUCAGCACUUCAAGUUAUAUGUUAAAAUCUUGUUUUAAGAUAAAUACGCAAAUAAACUACACACAUGACAAAAACCAGUGAUAUUUCUUUGACAAAAGUAUUUGGCAUAUUUGAAGCCAACUUCUUGAUACAAACAAGGUAACUUCUUUAGCCUGGUAAGCUGAGAAAGGUGUUUUUUUUUCAAUUGGGUUUUCCAAGUAAAAUGCUUAUUCUGAAAAUUACAGUUAAUGCCCUAAUGCCCAAGUCUCACUUUCUGUCCAUGGUGAGGAUGGGAAGUGGUGAAAGAAAAGGGGACCUGAUGAUAGAAUGAACCAGAAGGCAGGUAGAAAGUGAGAUUAUUUUUUUAUUGAGGUGUAGCCCUGAGUUCAUUGUUGCUUUCUCUGAUUUGAAGUAUAUUUUCUUUUCAUGUUCAAUAAAAUAUGGUCUGUUUAAAAUUA